AUGUCUGGUGUGACUACCUCCAUCUGGACCAUGGAUACCCUAGGUCGUCGGAAGCUCUUGCUCGGAGGAUCAGUCGGCAGGGCGGUGUCCCACAUCGUAAUCGCCAUCCUCAUCGCAAAACAUAGCUAUGACUGGGAAUCCCACCAAACAAUGGGCUGGGUCAGCGCAGCUUUCCUCUUAUUCUACAUGGUGGCAUUCGGGGCUUCAUGGGGACCAAUUCCAUGGGCCCUCCCAGCCGGUGUCGCCCUUUCUACCUGCUCGAACUGGCUCAAUAACUUCAUCAUUGGCCUAAUCACCCCACCGUUAAUCGAGAACACAGGCUACGGAGCUUACGUGUUUUUUGCUGUCUUCUGUGUUCUGUCUGAGCAAAUGGACCAUGUCUUCAAGGAUAAUUCGAGUGAGCAGGAGCAAGCUCGCAGGCGAGCGAUCGAAGUGGAGCUUUUGAAUGAGCAUUUGGAAUACGAUGUAUGA